AUGCCCGAGAUGCAACGCAGCAUCCUUGCUGCGAGAGCGGCAAAGAGCGUCAAUGGACACGCCGAGACACACGGUGUCAACGGGGAUACAGAGGCCAAAGGCACCAACGGACAUUUUCGGACCAACGGCAACUCCAGCGGUGCAGUGACGCUCGAACUGGACGCCGCCAUAGUCGGGGGCGGGUUCGCAGGCGUGUACUUGAUGCAUCGACUGCGACAGGAAGGGUUUAAUGUGAAGCUUGUCGAAGCCGGGUCGGGCUUGGGGGGGAUCUGGCAUUGGAACAAUUACCCCGGCGCACGGGUCGACAGUAAAUACCCCGUCUACGCCCUUGAUAUCCCGGAGAUCUACGAGACGUGGGAGUGGAGUGAGCAGUAUCCUAGUGCACCGGAGUUGCAGCGAUAUUUUCACCACGUCGACAAGAUUCUGGAUAUUAGCAAAGACACACUAUACAACACGCGGGUUCACACGGCACGGUGGGAUGACGAGACGCAUAAAUGGCAGGUCUCUUGUGAUAAUGGAACGGAGAUCACCGCGCGCUUUCUGCAUGGCUGUCUCGGAUUUGCCAGCAAACGCCAUUUCCCCGACUGGCCCGGGCUCGACACUUUCGGCGGACGUAUGUGCCAUUCUUCAUUCUGGCCGGCUGAAGGGAUCAAUGUGCGUGGGAAGAAGGUGGGAGUGAUCGGAACCGGAGCGACUGGGGUUCAAAUCGCGCAGACCACGGCGCGCGAUGCUGAGCAACUUACCGUAUUUGUCCGCACGCCCAACACCUGCAUGCCAAUGAGACAGCAAGCGCUGACGCGCGAGACGAUCGAUAACGAUAGGGCAGGGCUCAAGCAGUUACUGGGAACGGAUCGCUAUAGAAAUUCUAGCGGAUUCUUGUAUCCCGACUCUGAGAAGAAUUUGGUCGACGAUUCCCCGGAGGAGAUCGAGCGUACACUUCAAAACGCGUGGCAAGUUGGCGGCUUUGCCGUCCUUUUUGUCUACAAGGACCUGCUCCUCAACCCGGAGGCGAAUCGAGUCAUAUACGAUUUCUGGGCGCGCAACACCCGCAAGCGGAUCUCCGAUCCAGUCAAGAGAGAUAUCCUCGCCCCUCUGGAACCACUGCAUCCAUUCGCCGGAAAGCGGGUGAGUCUGGAGCAGGAUUACUAUGAACAGAUGGACAAGCCCAAUGUGAAACUCGUGGAUUUGAAACAGGUCGACAUCACCCGAGUCGUGCCGCAAGGCAUUGUCACAUCCGACGGUGUGACGCAUGAGCUGGACAUGAUUGCCAUAGCCACGGGGUUCGACAGUCUGACUGGCAGCUUCACUCAGAUUGACAUCCGCGGCAUCGACAACCAGAGCCUGUCCGAGACCUGGAACACGCAGCGAGGAGCGCUGACGUAUCUGGGCAUGGCGGUGCACGGCUUUCCAAAUUUCUUCUUCACCAAUGCAAGUGGUAUGUGCGAGUGCGGACCACACUCACCUACGUUCUAUAACAACGGGCCAUCGCUCGUGCAGCCUCAAGGUGAAUGGAUUGUUGACAUGAUGACAUCCAUGCGAGCAAAUGGCCAAACCAAGAUCAACGCGCAGCUUCAGGCGCAAGAGGAUUGGAAGAAGCUCACGAAUGAGCUACAUUCGGUCUCGUUGAGGCACAAAGUCGAUAGUUGGUAUACUGGCGCGAAUAUUCCCGGAAAACCACGUCAGGUGCUGAGCUACGACGGUGGGUUGCCGCGAUACCUUGAGACCAUUCGACGGAAAGCCACAAAUGGAUACAACGGAUUCGACCUCUCAUGA